UAGAACGUCUUCGCGGCAUGGAUUGUUCUGGCAAUGCUCCUCUUCACCACGGUAGAAGCUCAUGCUUCCCAUGGUCAAAUUCUUAUGAUUAUCCGCGAGAUCGUUUUUUUUCUGUAUAUUAUCAAUUUUGUAUUUUAAUAGCCAGUUCACUUUCUAUACCAGUGUACCAGUUAUUUGUGCUACUUUUGUCAAACUUUCCAUUUUGGCUUACACUGGUCUCGAACAACAGGAUGUUGCUAAUGUCGCGAGUCUUGGCUGGAGGUACGGAGUCUCACAGCAGUGUACAGGGCUGACAUUCAAAGUACUACCAUUUGGUAGGCUUGAGUAGUGUUAUGCCUCCACGGCACCAAUCUCCCUGGUUGCAGCGCAAUCAUCUUGGCAAGCAAUUAGUGAGCUACCAUGCUCAAUUCAGAAUAUAUCCUUGCCAUCUCAAUUGUUGAUGAAGCCUCAUAGCGUCAAGCAUCAACGUAAGGCAGUUACCUGCUGCAUAGCAUUUAUGUACCAUAUAUGUCGGAAAGAAACGAAGCCAAGAUGCAGCAGGUGGACACUAUCUCACAAAAUAAUUCGUUAGAUGUGGAGGAGCGAGAAAGGCUGUGUAAUAUACCGAAGACAAGUGCACCUGGUAAGACAUCGGCUACACCAGCAACUCCUGCAAAGGAACCGCCACCACGUGAUGAACCAUCCGUGGAACCGGUAAACGGUGUAGUCCAACCACCUGUUGUGCCACCACCUAAUCGCCCAGGGCGUGUUACCAACCAACUACAGUUUCUUCAGAAAGGUGUACUCAAGCCAGUAUGGAAGCAUCAAUUUGCGUGGCCUUUUCAGCAACCUGUAGAUGCCAAGAAACUCAAUUUGCCAGAUUACCACAAAAUUAUAAAGCAACCAAUGGAUCUUGGCACUAUCAAAAAAAGAUUAGAAAAUACAUAUUAUUGGAGUGGGAAAGAAUGUAUCCAAGAUUUCAAUACAAUGUUUACCAAUUGCUACGUUUACAACAAACCUGGAGAAGAUGUUGUGGUGAUGGCACAAGCUCUCGAAAAAUUGUUUCUUACAAAGGUUGCACAAAUGCCAAAAGAAGAAGUGGAACUGGAGCCCCCUGUUCCAAAGGGACCCAAAGGGAAAAAGGCUGGCAGAGUUGGAGCACCAGUUGGUGGUGUAGCAGGAGGUGCAGGAGGUACAGGUCGUGGUCGACCUUCAUCUGGUGCAGCUGCGGUUACUUCCAGUGUACCAAAUAGUUUAACGCCUUCAGCUACAUCAGCUGGUACAACAGGCGUGAUACCCAUGCCUCCUCUUGGCACCCAAGCACCUGCAUCAGUACCUGGGAGCACUAAUACGACUACGAUUGCUCCUCCAUCGAGUAUGGGUGUUACUCCCAUGGCUACUCACAACUCUUUGCCUCAACAAGUGGUCCCUCCGACUAGCGGUUACCAUGCACAACCAGCGAUGGACCCGCAAGCAGCUUCUGCUGUACCUCCUCCUCCCCAAGUUCCCACUGCACCUACGGUAAUGCCUCCAUCUCAACCUGCAAAAGUUAAAAAGGGAGUGAAGAGAAAGGCUGAUACUACAACUCCUACUGCAAAUUCUUUCGAACCUUUAUAUAAACUGGAUCCUAAAAAUGCCAAAAUACCCACAAGACGAGAAUCUGGCAGACAAAUAAAGAAGCCAACGAGGCAAGCGGAAGACGGCUUAGUGCCAUUCCACCAGGCCAACAUGCCCCUGAUUGGGGCAAUGGCCCAACAGCCUCAACAUACUACUGGAAAGUCGAAAGAAAAAUUGUCAGAAGCGUUAAAGUCCUGUAACGAAAUUUUGAAGGAACUAUUCUCAAAGAAACACUCGGGUUAUGCAUGGCCCUUUUAUAAACCGGUUGAUGCGGAACUCUUAGGUCUUCACGAUUACCACGACAUUAUCAAGAAACCAAUGGAUCUUGGUACUGUGAAGACGAAAAUGGAUAACCGUGAAUAUAAAACAGCACAAGAAUUCGCGAGUGAUGUGCGGCUUAUAUUUACUAAUUGUUACAAGUACAAUCCUCCUGACCAUGAUGUCGUAGCGAUGGCUAGGAAGCUUCAAGAUGUGUUUGAAAUGAGGUAUGCAAAAAUUCCGGAUGAACCAAUGGGCAGUAUGGUAGGCAUUAAAGUUAGCAGUAGUAGUGCCAGUAGCUCCGGAUCUGAAAGUUCUUCGGAGAGCGACGAUUCGGACGAAGAACGUACUCAAAAAUUGGUUGCUUUGCAGCAGGAGUUGAAAGUUAUGCAAGAAAGAAUGAGGAAAUUAGUAGAAGAAAGUGGUAAAAAGAAGAGUAAAAAGAAGAAACCGGAUAAGUCAAAAUCAAGGCCAUUGACCAGUAAGAGUAGUAGCCUUGUAGCCAGUCAUACUGGUGCCAUGAAAGAACUUAUGAAACCAAGUGGUGGAAUUCCAAGUGUCUCUGAUAGUGUCGGUGCUAGUAUAGCCAGUGUUGCAAUGGGGGGAGGUGAUUUGAAAAUGCCGGGUGGAAUGGGUGGUGACCUUCAUCAUCCAGCCAUAGCAGUAGGACCUAAUAAAACUCAUGCGGCCGGAAGUAUGAGUCAUCAUCUGCCAACGACGGCAAAUGCUAAGCCAAAGGGAAAAGGAAGAGGACCUGGAAAAGCGGCAACGACAAAUGCCGCGACUAAAAGGCCAAAAGCAAAUAGCAGAUCAGCUGGAACUAAAAAGAAGAAUGCCAGUAGUCAACCACCUCCGAUUACAUUUGAUUCGGAGGAUGAAGAUAACGCUAAACCAAUGUCUUAUGAUGAGAAAAGACAACUUAGUUUGGAUAUCAAUAAAUUACCUGGAGAUAAAUUAGGACGUGUUGUGCAUAUAAUACAAUCUCGAGAGCCUUCGUUAAGGGAUUCGAAUCCAGACGAAAUUGAAAUUGACUUCGAAACGUUGAAACCAUCCACAUUGAGGGAGUUAGAAAGCUAUGUUGCUUCAUGCCUUAGAAAAAAGCCACACAAGAAAGUCAGUGGUAAAUCUAAGGAUGAACAAAUGGCCGAGAAGAAACAGGAGUUAGAAAAAAGGUUACAGGAUGUUACAGGGCAGUUAGGCAAUGUUAAGAAAACCGCUAAGAAGGAGGACAGUAGUAAAUCAGUUGAUGUAGUUGGAACUGGAGGAGCUAGUGGGCCUUCGAGAUUAUCAGCGUCAAGUAGUAGUAGCAGUGAUAGCGAUUCCAGCAGUAGUUCACUUUCUUCGAGCUCCAGUGAUUCGAGCGACAGUGAAGCAGGAAACUCUUCGAAUCGUCCCCCAAGAAAGAAAACAAAGAAGAGUACACCAAGUACAGGACCUCCUCCAACUACAACUACUGUAACACCGGCACCUACACUGAAUCACACCGGAGGUCUUUUAAUGAACAGUCAACCCCCAACAAAUUCUACGGGACCAAUAACAAAACCAGCUGUAACACAGCCUAGCAAUAUUUCUUCAGAUCAAGGUGGUAAUGGUCAACAAUCUGUAGCAGUAGCGGCUGUUACAGCUGGUCAAGGAUUGCCUGUCGCAAGUCACACAUCUAUGCCAGCUCAACCGCCACGAUCUACGUCUAUGGCUACAGCUGCACCUGUAAAAAAGCCUACUCCACCACCACCAACUACUUCUAAUCCACCAACUCCAUCAGUGUCUGUACCAACUCCACCACCAAGUGUUACACCUACGAAUACAAACUCUAUAGUAGCUUCACCGGUUGUGCCUCAGCCACCACAGCCACCUACAUCAGUUAGUUCCUUUUCGAAUACAAACACACCUGUACCCACAGAUGGGACAACUUUAACCCAACAGUCAGAUCUGUUGCAACCGUAUAAUACUCUAGCUCCUGUGCCUACUACACAGACAUCGUUGGAACAAACGAUGUCGAUAAAAAAAGAAUCGCACAUACCAAUGAUUCAAACACCGCAUACAACAACGAAUAAUACCAAUUUAAGUUUAAUGCCAGAUGUAAAGGCAGCAGUGAACAUGAUGCCUGCGAGUAUGGCAUCGAAUUUAAACUUGGGAAAUAUAACGAUGGCAAACCUGAGUAUGAAUUUGCAGCAAGGAUUGGCCACGCAUAUGUCGAUGCACAAUCAAUUGGAAAACAUGAUAAAUACUACUUCACCGUUGACCAGUAUACAAAAUUCCCAUAAUGCUACAAUGUCACAACAGCAUUCCAAUGGAUUUUCUAAUAUCAAACGGGAGAAUUCUCCACCUAAUAUGUUGAAUAAUAAUGGUAUACCUGGGCUCAAUAUGGGAAUGAACAUGGCCGGAAUGGGUUCAAUUUUUGACCCUUUGUCUAUCGUUCCGAUGCCAAUGCAAAUAUCUCAAAUACCAAUAAAGAAAGAAGAGAAGUCGGUACCUAUUUCUCAACCACAAAUGCCUCAAAAACCCAUGGAUGCCGGAGCUCUUUUUGCAGAAAUGAGCGCAGGAAUGCCACCGAUGGGAAAUCACUCGAGUUCGCAGCUUAUGCCUGAAAAAAAGAUGACACCACCGGAUUCGAAGAAUCCUGUGUCAAAUUUUGCAUCAGCCUUCAAAAAUAAAACUGUAGAACAGAAUGUGAAAAAUGCCUCGUCGUGGUCGUCUCUGGCUCAAGCAUCCAGUCCCCAGUCUGCAGCCGGAAGUAGCAUGAAGAGUGCUGCACGGGACUCGUUCCAGGCGUUCAAGAAACAAGCCAAGGAGAAACAGGAUAGACAAAGAGCUCUAUUGGAACAGCAAGAAAUGCGAAGACAACAGAAAGAGCAAGCGGAACGAGAACGUUUGCGACAAGAGAAUGAAAGAAGAAGAGAACGGGAAGAAGAGGACGCGUUAGACAAAGUUAGAAAAACUGUUGGUGAUCCACAGGGAAACGUUAUGAUUGCUACAUCAAGAGCAGAAGAGGUGAAAGCCAUUGUCGAUACAGACAGUAGUAGUCCAAGUCAAGACAAAGCCGCGGCAGAAAGAGAACGUCAAAGGUUACGGGAACAGGAACGACGACGCCGCGAAGCGGCGGCUGGGCAAAUUGACAUCAACUUGCAAAGUGAUUUGAUGGCUGCGUUUGAGGAAUCGUUAUAAUGUUAUUUGCUGCUCAUUAUAAAUCUACUGAAACCGGGCAGGACUUGGAUGAAUGUUUGGCGCUGGACGGUACUGCAGAAACGUAUUGAUAUAUACGUCAGUCAAUAAGAAACAAUAAUAAAUAAUAAUAAAAUAAGAUAACAAUAAGCCGAACAUGAAGACGGCGUGAUAGUUUAAAGGAUUAAAAUGGAUAAAAAUGAAAAUGGUGGUGCGGGUUGGGACAUUCCAACGGAAAAACCCAAAUUUCAAUUGUCCGAAUGGAAUCGGACUACAAAGAAAAAAAAAACAAAAAAAAACAGUUUAUCAAAUGACGUAAAACUAAUUGUGUGUAAUCGACGGACACCCAAGUGUGACCAUGUAAUUAGAUAAAUACUUACACGACACAUUGGAAAUGCUACACUGACUAUUGUGUUACAUUUUUCCGGUUUUCAUAAGUUUGUACUUUAUGUAAAUUUGGAAACAAAACAAAAAAUAUUAUGCAGAAGAUAAUGAAAGAAAGAAUAUCGUAUGAGAGGGAGAGAGAGAACGUGAAAAGAGUGUACAGCGUACGAUUAACGUAUGAAUGAGUAUGAAAGCGAGCGUGGAGAAGAGUAAAAGUCGUGUACAUUUAGUUAAGUUUUAUAUUUUUCCACAUUCAGUCAUUAAUCGUUGGUAGGAUUACAUAAACGAUGUUUCUGCCAAUAAUACAUACAAUUAUUAGCAAUUUACUAAUAAUUUCAUUGCAGAUUUCUUUCUUGAUUAUGAAUAUAUACUAUUUAUAAUCACGAAAUAGGUAGGCUUGUUAAGUCAAUAAAUAAUAGAGAAAAGAAAUAUACCUAAUGCAAACAAUACACAUUGGUGAAUUUAAUCGUGUCGAUUAUCACGAUAAGCCCGUACGACUAUCAAUUGAAACAACGUCGAGAUUUCGAUUGAUUUUAGAAGUUCAAACAGGGCCAAUCGAUUGAUUUGAAGGAAAUAUUUAUAAACUCAUCUUAGAACAAAGUCGUCAAUUAUUACGAGUAACGGUAAGGUGAUUAUAGAAUGAUGUAGUUUUGAUCCUACCAACCAUUAGAUCAGAUCCGAUGUGCGUACCUUGAAUACUUGGUAUGCUUUAGGAUCACAGAAAAAAAGAAGAAAAUAAAGAAAAGAAAAAGCGUGAAGCGGUAUCGACUCGUAAAUGGGACAUUAUUUAGAGAAUAUUUAUAUUUGUUUCAUCAUGAGUUAACUAUUCGAAUGAAGAUCAUGCUAAACAAGAAAAAUGCUAAACCUCUCAAGAAAAUUGCUAAUUAAUAGCCUCAAGACAUUGCGUUUAAUGUGCAUCAAGCGAUUGGAAUUUUACAAAACAUAAAUCGCUUUUGUGUUACGUAAACAAACGCUGGACGUCUUGAAUGAAGAAUAUUCAGUCGGCAAAAAAAAGUACAAAAAGUCGAUAUUUCAGAGUUUUGGAUUUAAACGUACUACUAUUGAUUCUACUGCUAUUAUUAUUACAAUGGGAUUCAUUUUUUUUUUUUUUUAAGUAUUGGAAUUUGUGGAAGUUAUAAUAGUGAAUGUACUGGUACACAGACAUUAUUAAUAACGAAAGUUAUUAUCGAGAUAUAUUAUUACUAUUAUUAUGAUUAUUAUUAUUAAUAUUAUUAAAUUAUUGCAUUAAAUCGAAUUUUAUUUUUUUAAGAUCCUUUUCAAACUCGCGAUGUCUUUCUGUAUUCGUAGCGUAAUCGAAUAACAAUUUUAUUCGAAAUUUAAAGGAACGCUAGAUUGGCACGAAUAUAACAUACUUGUUUUUGCCUCAUUGAACAGCGAAUUUAUGGUUCACAAAUAACAUGUUCCUUUUUACGUGAUAUUAGAACAAAAUAUUUUCCACUUACGAACAAUAAAGAGAGACGGUAAAUAAUUAUUCUGGAAGACCAUAUACGCAAUUUGAUAAAACCUUAGAUAAUACGAUGGAACGAGAAGUGAUCGGAACAAAUUUACCAUAUUUAUAGAAUAAUUAAAUGCUUUCGCUUUAUUUAAAAAAAGAAAAAGAAAAGACACGAAGCGUAAAUGAUAUCGAUGAUAGAACCAGCAGGUGCACGAGGUUUAAUAUUAUUUAUUCUUCCCGUAACUUCAUCUUUAAAGGGUCCCGCAAAGUUUCACCUUUCCGCUGAUCAAGAUCAUUUUACCAAUCGAAUCGUGUCUUCGUUCGAUGUAAAUUUUUGGAAUAAUCAAAGAUGGUUACCCGAAAGACACGAUCGAACGAGAUGUAGGUGAAGAUAAUAAAAGAAAAUGAUUUGAGAAUCGUGAAAGAUUUAACGUUGCGUUCAAAUGCCAAAAUAUAUAACCCUCGCCGAAGGAUGACCGUGUUUAAACGACAUUAUAAUGUAUACAGAUGAUUUAUUAUUAUUAUUAUUAUUAUUAUUAUUAUUAUUAUUAAUUAUUAAUUAUUAAUUAUUAUUAAUUAUAUAUUAUUACGACUCGCGUUUAGACUCGAUUCCGUCGCAUUACAUUUGUUCGGCUUUCUCGAGCGUGGCGAGAAAAUACGUGUCAGGAUAACGAACAGGAAAUCGUGAGGGGCGUGUAUCCAGUAUCCGAGGAUCGCGACGUUGGUGUCCACACUGUACAGAAUAAAAUAAUUAAGCGUAUGUGUGAGUGUGCGUGAUUCUAUUUAUGUAUAAAAAAAAAGGAAGAAAAAAAAAUGCGUUCAGCAAAGAGAAAUGCAAUUUUUUAAGUGCUAGAGUGUACCGUUGACUCGAACGUAACGAUCGAACAAGUGAUAUAUCCUGAAUAUAUAUAUAUAUUAUUAUGUAUAUCGCUCGAAAUAUUCCUCCAGCGGGCGAUAGAGAAUUUAAUCAUGAGUCUUCGUUCGCGACCAAUUUGAAUAAUGCGCACGAGAAAAUAAGAUAUAUAAUAUAAUGAAAAAAAAAAGAUACGAGAGUGAGAGCGAGAGAGAAUGAGGGAGGGUUUCACGAGUAUUCACGCCGUUAUUCGCAAUCCUGUUUUCGUUGUUAAAAGAAAAGUGCAUCGGAGAUGAACGAAGGAAACUCUGUCGAAUAACGAUAGAAAAGACGGGGCAGCCCCGUUCAUUGGGAAUGCUCUUCAUAUUCUCACGUAUUGUGUGCGCUUUCAUAUCAACGCGAUCUCGUCAACGAUCGUCGAUAACUAAUUCUAGCAAUACCCUAGACUAUCCUGCGUAAUUUUAUUUCAAUGUAACCCGGGAUCCAUCGUUCCCGGGCGUUCGUUAAUCAAAAUUCAAGAUUCACGAGAAAUCUUGGCCCUCGACCUUUAGCAAUCUAUUCACUGCGAUAAUCAAUGUUCGCGCCUUUAGUAUGUACAAUGAUUUAGUCAUCCGUAUGGUUAAUUGUUAUCGUGUGCACUUAAAUGGGAGUAGGACGAUUUCUCGCGAGGAGGAUGUCGUUUAUAUGAUACAAGAUUGAAAGAGAAGAAUGAUCGAAGUUUAUUGGUUUCGUUUUCUUUACCUUUUUUCGUUUGAAAAUUGAACAAUGUUCUUUCGGUAUAAACUAUGCGUCGAAGAUAACUAUAUUCUAAAGAAAGGAAUAACGGAAUUACUGUCGUGCGAUAUAGAAUAAGUUCGAAUCGAGUUUCGGUGUGGCCUGUAACAAUCGUCGGUAUUCGAAGAAGAUUUUAGGGAACGCGUAUGCAUAUUAUAUUCGCAUCUAUGAUAUUUGCAAAUUCGAUAUGUUUGAUAUUACGAUGAGUAGGAAUAGGUGUUAAGGCGCGUCGGAUUAAGGAGUAUCCUUUCUGCGAAGAAUUAAUCCUCGGAAUAAUCUUCCACGAACGAAAGAAUCAUUUGCUACGAUUCAAACGUUUCUCGCGUUUAUUUUCCAGCCGAUGCUUUUAACGACAUUCUUUGUGCGAGCCGUUCUUCUAUUUGUUCGUAUUUCGAUGCGAGUUGUUACUAAAAGACGGAAGAUGUUUCGAGCGGAUCGUAUCGUCGAACAAUUCCGUCGUUUUAAAAUUCAUUUUAAUACCGUUUUCUAUCUAUGUUGUACCGUUAGACUAAUCAAUCGCAAGUGUCCUAGAGAACGUUCGAAUGAAUCCCUCGGAUUGUAAAAUCGUGUUUAAAGUAACGAGCUCAAUGGUGACACGAAUUCUAAAAUGAAAGAAAGAAAAAAAAAAGAAGAAAAAAAUUAUUAAAAUGAACGAAUUAACAAAGAGAGUGAGUUUGAGGAAGAGAAAUACAGGAUAUAUAAAAUGGGAGAUAUUGGGGGUGAGAGUGAGGAAUGCGUGUGUUAGGUAUCAUGAUUGUAUAAUACGUGGGUUUGUAACUGUAAAUACGAGGAGAAAUCAUUGGCAGCAAUUUAAACAGAAUACAGAUAUCUAUGUAUAAAAAAAAAAGUAACAAGUACUAAUACACACACCUCUAUAUAUGUGAUAAGGUUUGUAAUAUUUAAGGGAGGCCGAUAGAUUGUAUAACCUACUAGAUCUCAGUAUAAGUUACUAGGUAAAGAACGUAAUAAUUCGUAAGUAACACCAAAAUCACUCCGCUGUAUCAAAACGAAAAAAAAAAAAAUAAUUUUUUAUAUAAGU